AUGGGCGUGCUAGACCCCAGCUACAGCCUGUUCGUGAGCACGACCCGCACAGCCCUGCUGUGCUUCAAAGUGUGCAAUAAAGUGGCCAUCGUGUCAGGAGACCCGAUGUGCGCGGUCGAGGAGUUCGGCGCCGUGCUCGCGGAGUUCCAAACCUGGCGCCAACGCCAGCGUCUGGGGAUCGCCUUCAUGGGGGCGAGCGAGCGCAUGGUCGAGUACGCCCAGCAGCACCACCACCACCACCAAGAUCCGACGACGAAGUGGACGAUCCUCGAGUUCGGCCGCGAGCGCGUCCUCAACCCAACGACCAACCCCGUCCUCCUCGAACAGGAGGGCAAACGCAUCAUACUACAAAACAAGCAGCUCCUCCACCCGGACAAAGGGGGGAUAACCCUGGACAUCUACGUCGCCCCUCCCCAGCCCUCAUCCCCAUCCACACCAGAGGACCAAACCCUCCAAUCCCAACUGUCCGAUAUCUACAAAACCUGGUGCCACCACCGCAACACCUCCGACAAACAAAAACAAACUCAAGCCUUCAUAACAACCUACACCCCCUUCCCCCAGAGUCAGACCCAAAUGCUGUACAUCUACACCCUCUCCCCCCACACAGGCACCCCAAACUCCCUCGCGGCCCUCCGCUACCUCGGCACCACGCACGGCUACCACCUAGACCCCUGCAUCGCCGCCCCCGGCAGCCCCAAGGGCAUCUCCGAUCUGCUCGUCUUCGCCGCGAUGGCGCUCCUCCGGCAGAUGGGGUGCAACUACCUGAGUCUGGGGUUCGAGCCGUACGCGCAGCUGGGGCGGGUGGAGGGGUUCGCCAGUCCGCUGGUCGAGAAGCUGGUCCGGAGGGCGUAUCGGUUUGCGUUUGCGCGGUUGCCGGUGCAGGGGAAGCGGGCGUAUCAUGAUAAGUUCCGGCCGGAUGAGGGGUUGGAGCGGGGGGUGUUUUUGGUGUUUGUGGGGGAGGAUUCCCGGGGACGGCAGGUGGUUGGGGUGGCACAUUUGGCGAAUAUACGGAUUCGGCGGGUGCUUUGGGGGUAA